AUGUCUCAUCUCCAAUACUAUGCCUAUGAAGGCCAGGGAGUUAAAAACAGAGAGAAUUUCUGGUACAGCCAGGCAGUUCGAGUAGGCGAUCGGAUUGAAUGCGCUGGCCAAGGAGGAUGGGACCCCGAGACUGGUGUGUUUGAGAAGGAGAUCAAUGCGGAAAUCGACCUUGCGUUUGCCAACGUGGAGCGCAAUUUGAAGGAUGCUGGGGGCAAAGGGUGGUCACAGGUAUUUCGCGUGAACUCUUAUCACGUUCUUCUCAGCAACGAAGCAUUGGGGGCAAUGGUACGAAACCUAAAGAAAUAUAUGCCAGACCACCAGCCUAUCUGGACCUGUGUUGGCGUGGCGCGUCUUGCAGAGGAUGAUAUGCGUGUUGAGAUCGAGGUUGUCGCACAUGACCCGCAAGAGGCCAAAUGA